AUGGCAGACAGCAACAGCAACCAGAAGGAACUGUCGGCGAGUUUCCAGAUGGCUGCGGAUAUCUCGAAGUACGACAAGAAGGAACGCCCGCCCCAGGAGUACUACGACGAGAUCAAGUCGAAGUACGCCACACAGCGUGAGCUCCGCCUGGACUAUCGCCCGCCCGGCACCGAGAUGUACCGCGCCCUUGAUGGCGAGUUCGCUAACUACGAGAAGGACCCGUACGCCACCGAGGUCAUCGAGCGUGAGUCGAUCAACGACGAGGUCGAGGUGCUGUUUAUCGGCGGCGGCUUCUCGGCGCUAUUGACCUCGGCGCGGCUGCGCCAACGCGGCGUCGACAGUAUUCGGAUCGUCGAGCGCGGCAGCGACGUUGGCGGCACGUGGUACUGGAAUCGCUAUCCGGGCGUCGCGUGCGAUGUCGUGAGCUACGACUAUCUGCCGCUGCUCGAUGAGAUGGACUACGUGCCGACCCGCCACUACGCCGGUGGUUCCGAGAUUCUCGCCCACUGCCAAGCCAUUGCCCAGAAGUACGACUUGUAUGACCUGGCCGUGUUCCAGACGACGGUGAACUCGACGACCUGGAACGAAACCGAUCAGAUCUGGGAAGUCACGACCGAUCGCGGUGACACCAUGCGCGCUCGGUUCGUGAUCUGCGCCAACGGCACACUCGCCAAACCUCGGCUUGCACUCAUCGACGGCAUGGAAACCUUCGAAGGUAAGUCGUUCCAUACGUCGCGGUGGGACUAUGACUUCACCGGCGCCGACCUCGAGAACCUGUCAGAGCUUCGCGUUGGCAUCAUCGGGACCGGGGCAAGCGCGGUACAGAUCGUUCCCAAUGUUGGUGAGCACGCCAAGUCGCUUCAUGUAUUUCAGCGCACCCCGUCGUCGAUCGAUAUUCGAGAUGACUGGGAGACCGACCCCGCUUGGGCCGACAAGCUCCAGCCGGGAUGGCAGCGCAAGCGUCGUCAAAAGAUCAUCGACAAGUUCCGCUACCAGGCAGAGAAGCGAAAGCACCUCAAGGGCAUCACCCAACAAGAGAAGGUUCGACGCCAAGAGAACGCCAAUAUCGACGCCAUGAUGCGUAUCCACAACCGCAUAGACGAGACCGUCAAGGACCGCGAGACGGCCGAGGCGCUCAAGCCGUGGUACAUGCUGAUGUGCAAGCGCCCCUGCUUCCACAACGAGUAUCUGCCAACCUUCAACCGGCCGAACGUGCACCUGGUCGAUACCAAAGGCAAGGGCAUCACCGAGAUUGGCCCAAAAGGACCGAUCUUCGAUGGCGUUGAGUACGAAGUUGACUUGUUGAUCUACGCCACCGGCUUCGAGGUGCAACAGACCGGCAUCUACAACCGCAUCGUGGGUGAAGGCGGUAUCGAACUCAACGACAAGUACGCCACAGGCAUCCGCACGCUGGUGGGUAUCCACACCCAGGGUUACCCGAACAUGUUCAUCAUGGGUGGAUACCAAGCAUCGUUCCAGUUCAACUUGACCGAUCUGCUCCAGGUCCAAGGCGACCACAUCGCAAAUGUGAUCGACUAUGUCCGCAACAACGAGUUUGACACCGUCGAUGUCAGCCGCGCGGCUGAAGAAUGGUGGGUACAAGAAGUCAUUUCCCACCGCGGCAAAACCAACCGCAACGCCGAGUGCACGCCCGGUUACUACAACUUCGAAGGUCAAGAGAACCGUCGCCAAGACGGCAAUUACAACGGCGGCUUCCACGCCUACAUCGACCACAUCCACGCUAUCGAAGAAGACAUGGACAGCUCCUUCGUGUUCACCAACGGCUAG